UCCGCACGAGAAAGCUAAACGUUCCGAACGUACCUUUCGACUUCCUUUUCCGGUACCUCCAAAAUGGCUCGUGUCAGGACAAAGACUGUCAAGAAGGCUGCCCGAGUCAUUAUUGAGAAAUACUACACCAAGUUGACCCUCGACUUCCACACAAACAAGAGAGUAUGUGAAGAAAUAGCAAUAUUGCCUAGCAAGAAGCUGAGGAACAAAGUAGCAGGGUUUGUUACCCAUUUGAUGAAGCGUAUCCAAGCUGGGCCAGUCAGAGGUAUCUCCAUCAAACUCCAGGAAGAGGAGAGGGAGAGGAGGGAUAACUAUGUUCCAGAGGUUUCUCUUUUGGAGCAACAUGAUGUUAUUGAAGUGGAUCCCGAUACAAAGGACAUGUUGAAGUCACUGGACUUUGGCAACAUCCCCGGCCUUCAGGUAACGCAGCCAAUCACAGCCCAGGGAGGUUUCCGACCAGCAGGUGCUGGUGGACCAAGAAUGUAAUCCUUCACAUUAAUUAUGGAAUAAAGUCGACUAGGGGAAUACA